UCGUGGCGUGUCUCACAGGCCUCCCUGGUGCUCAGUGUCCCUCCGCCGUCUCCUCUGUUGUUUCCGGCGGGAGAGAUGGCCAGGAUCUGAUCCGGGAGGAGGCCGCACCCGCGCCGCGCUCUGCGGCGAGCUCUAGGCAAUGCCGAGCAGCUCGGACACGGCGCUGGGGGGAGGCGGGGGCCUGAGCUGGGCGGAGAAGAAGUUGGAGGAACGCCGCAAGCGGAGGCGAUUCCUGUCCCCUCAGCAGCCGCCGCUGCUGUUGCCGCUCCUGCAGCCGCAGCUCCUGCAACCGCCGCCGCCCCCGCCGCCUCUGCUCUUCCUGGCUGCUCCCGGCACGGCCGCCGCCGCCGCAGCCGCCGCCGCCGCGGCCUCCUCCUCUUGCUUUAGCCCGGGCCCCCCUCUGGAGGUCAAGCGGCUGGCGAGAGGCAAGAGGCGCCCAGGAGGGCGGCAGAAGCGGCGCCGCGGGCCCCGCGCCGGGCAGGAGGCGGAGAAGCGUCGGGUCUUCUCGCUGCCCCAGCCGCAGCAGGACGGCGGUGGCGGUGCUAGUAGCGGUGGGGGUGUGACCCCACUGGUGGAAUACGAGGAUGUGAGCUCUCAGUCCGAGCAGGGGCUGCUGCUGGGGGGAGCCAGCGCGGCAGCGGCGGCGACGGCUGCCGGGGGAACGGGGGGCAGCGGCGGGAGUCCGGCCUCCUCCUCCGGCACCCAGAGGCGCGGGGAGGGGUCCGGGCGCAGGCCCCGCCGAGACCGUCGCCGCAGUAGUGGCCGCAGCAAGGAGCGCCACCGCGAGCACCGGCGGCGGGACGGGCAGCGUGGCAGCAGUGAGGCUUCAAAGUCCCGCAGCCGCCACAGCCACAGCGGCGAGGAGCGGGCCGAGGCAACCAAGAGCGGUGGCAGUAGCAGCAGCAGCGGCGGCCGCCGGAAAAGUGCCUCGGCCACGUCUAGCAGUAGUAGCAGCCGCAAGGACCGAGACCUGAAGGCUCACCGGAGCCGGACUAAGUCGUCCAAGGAGCCGCCUUCGGCCUACAAAGAGCCGCCAAAGGCCUACCGGGAGGAAAAGACCGAGCCCAAAGCCUACAGGCGGCGGCAGCGGUCCCUGAGCCCCCUGGGAGGCCGGGACGACAGCCCAGUUUCCCACAGGGCCUCGCAGAGCCUGAGGUGCCGCAAGUCCCCCAGCCCGGCAGGAGGUGGCAGCAGCCCUUAUUCGCGGCGGAUGCCGCGCUCCCCAAGCCCUUACAGCCGCCGGCGCUCCCCCAGCUACAGCCGCCACAGCUCUUACGAGCGGGGCGGCGACGUGUCUCCCAGCCCCUACAGCAGCAGCAGCUGGCGUCGCUCCCGGAGCCCUUACAGCCCUGUGAUCAGACGGUCUGCCAAAUCCCGAAGCAGAAGCCCAUAUUCAUCCAGGCAUUCAAGAUCUCGUAGCAGGCACAGAUUGUCUAGAUCCAGAAGUCGUCAUUCUAGUAUUUCUCCUAGCACACUAACUCUGAAGAGUAGCCUGGCAGCUGAAUUGAACAAGAAUAAAAAAGCACGAGCUGCAGAGGCAGCAAGAGCUGCAGAGGCAGCUAAGGCUGCAGAGGCAGCUAAGGCUGCUGAGGCUGCUGCCAAAGCUGCCAAAGCCUCCAACACUUCUACACCUACCAAGGGGAGCACAGAAAGUGCUGCCAGUGUAUCACAAACAAACCAUGUGAAGGAUGUGAAGAAACUUAAGAUUGAACAUGCACCUUCUCCCUCCAGUGGUGGAACUUUGAAAAAUGACAAGGCAAAAACAAAGCCACCUCUUCAGGUAACAAAGGUGGACAAUAAUUUGAUCGUAGAUAAAGCUGCCAAGAAAGCAGUUGUAGUUGGGAAGGAGAGUAAACCUGCUGCUACAAAGGAGGAACCAGUAUCUCUUAAAGAGAAAACCAAACCACUUACACCAAGCAUAGGAGCCAAGGAGAAGGAGCAACAUGUGGCUCUAGUGACUUCUACGUUACCACCAUUACCUUUGCCUCCCAUGCUGCCUGAAGAUAAAGAUGCUGAUAGUUUACGAGGAAAUAUUUCAGUAAAAGCAGUUAAAAAGGAAGUAGAAAAGAAACUACGGUGUCUACUUGCUGAUUUACCACUGCCCCCUGAGUUACCAGGAGGAGAUGAUCUCUCAAAGAGUCCAGAGGAGAAGAAAACAACAGCACAAUUACAUAAUAAACGGAGGCCUAAAAUAUGUGGGCCUCGCUUUGGUGAAAUCAAAGAAAAAGAUAUUGACUGGGGAAAACGCUGCGUGGAUAAAUUCGAUAUCAUUGGAAUUAUUGGAGAAGGUACCUAUGGACAAGUUUACAAGGCCAGGGAUAAAGACACUGGAGAAAUGGUAGCCCUAAAAAAAGUACGUCUAGAUAAUGAAAAGGAAGGCUUUCCAAUUACAGCAAUUCGAGAAAUUAAAAUUCUCCGGCAGCUUACUCACCAGAGUAUUAUCAAUAUGAAGGAGAUAGUUACUGAUAAAGAAGAUGCUUUGGAUUUUAAAAAGGAUAAAGGUGCAUUUUAUCUGGUGUUUGAAUAUAUGGACCAUGACCUGAUGGGACUACUGGAAUCAGGCUUGGUUCAUUUUAAUGAAAAUCACAUCAAGUCAUUUAUGAGACAGCUCAUGGAAGGUCUGGAUUAUUGUCAUAAGAAGAACUUUUUGCAUAGAGAUAUUAAAUGUUCAAAUAUUCUUCUAAAUAAUAGAGGGCAGAUAAAACUUGCAGAUUUUGGACUUGCUCGAUUGUAUAGCUCAGAAGAAAGUCGGCCAUAUACUAACAAGGUCAUCACUUUAUGGUAUCGUCCACCUGAACUGCUACUGGGAGAAGAACGAUAUACGCCAGCUAUUGAUGUAUGGAGCUGUGGAUGUAUCCUUGGUGAACUCUUCACUAAAAAACCUAUAUUUCAAGCAAAUCAGGAACUUGCACAACUAGAAUUAAUAAGCCGUAUAUGUGGGAGUCCAUGUCCUGCAGUGUGGCCCGAUGUAAUCAAACUGCCGUAUUUCAACACCAUGAAACCAAAGAAGCAGUAUCGUCGAAAGUUAAGAGAAGAAUUUGUUUUUAUUCCUGCAGCUGCACUAGACUUAUUUGAUUACAUGCUCGCCUUGGAUCCUAGUAAGCGCUGCACUGCAGAACAAGCUCUUCAGUGUGAGUUCCUGCGGGAUGUGGAACCCUCAAAAAUGCCUCCACCAGACCUUCCUUUAUGGCAAGACUGUCAUGAGUUAUGGAGUAAAAAGCGAAGAAGACAGAAGCAGAUGGGCAUGACUGAUGAUGUUUCCACAAUUAAAGCCCCCAGAAAGGACUCGUCUCUGGGCUUAGAUGACAGCAGAACCAAUACACCCCAGGGUGUGCUGCCAACUUCACAAUUGAAAUCUCAGGGCAACUCAAAUGUAGCACCUGGUGAAAAACAGACAGAUCCAUCAACACCACAACAGGAGUCUUCGAAACCAUUGGGAGGAAUUCAGCCUUCUCAGAGCCUCCAGCCUAAAGUGGAAACUGAUGCUGCCCAGGCGGCUGUGCAGAGUGCAUUUGCAGUUCUAUUGACUCAGUUAAUAAAGGCUCAGCAGUCAAAGCAGAAAGACGUGCUUCUAGAAGAAAGAGAAAAUGGAGCAGGACACGAAGCAUCAUUACAGCUCAGGCCACCUCCAGAACCUAGCACUCCAGUAUCAUCAGGGCAAGAUGAUCUCAUCCAGCACCAAGACAUGAGGAUAUUAGAACUCACACCAGAAGCAGAUCGGCCUCGUAUUCUGCCUCCUGAUCAACGACCUCCUGAACCACCUGAACCACCACCAGUCACUGAAGAAGAUCUGGAUUAUCGGACAGAAAACCAGCACGUACCCACUACUAGCUCUUCAUUAACUGACCCUCAUGCUGGAGUGAAAGCAGCCCUGUUGCAGCUACUAGCUCAGCAUCAGCCCCAAGAUGAUCCUAAAAGAGAAGGUGGUAUUGAUUACCAGACAGGAGAUACUUAUGCAUCCACUUCAGACUACAAGGACAAUUUUGGACCCUCUUCUUUCUCUUCCGCUCCUUAUGUUAGUAAUGAUGGUCUAGGAGGUAGCUCUGCUCCACCAUUGGAACGACAUAGCUUCAUUGGAAACUCAGAAAUUCAGUCUUUGGAUAACUACAGUACUACUUCAUCUCAUUCUGGUGGUCCACCUCAGCCUUCUGCCUUUCCUGAGUCAUUUCCCAGUUCAGUAGCUGGAUAUGGAGACAUUUACCUCAAUACUGGUCCCAUGUUAUUUAGUGGAGACAAGGAUCAUAGAUUUGAAUAUAGCCAUGGCCCCAUUGCAGUCCUGGCAAACAGCAAUGACCCUUCUACAGGGCCAGAGAGUACUCAUGCUUUGCCAGGAAAGAUGCACAACUAUAACUAUGGUGGUACCUUACAGGAAAACCCAGGUGGCCCCAGCCUCAUGCAUGGACAGACCUGGACUUCUCCUGCCCAAGGACCUGGAUAUUCACAAGGAUACAGGGGACACAUUAGCACAUCAGCUGGCAGAGGUCGAGGCAGAGGGCUACCAUACUGAGUAUCAGUUUUUCCUCAGGCACAUCAUUUUUAUCUGGAAAGACUUUUCUAGCUGCAAUUUAAGGCAGCAAUCCAAGAGACUUGAAUAAUAAUAAUUCAACAACAGCUUUAUUUUUAUGUGAAAAGGGUCUUGCAUACAAUAGUUUUAAAAAAGACCAAAAAAAAAAAAACCCUGCUUAAAUUCAUGCUGUUCUAAAAACUAGAUCUGUUGAUUGUACAUCUUCACAAAUUCUAGCUAACAAUUUUAUUUUGUAUUCUUGCAGUUUUAAGUGGAUGCUAAUAUUAGGGACAUAAAAGCUUUUAUGGCCCUCUUGCAGUUUUGAACUAUGCACAUUUGUGCUUUUUUUUUUUUUUUUUUUGUACGUUUGGACCAACUUUUAUGUAACAACCAACCAACCCCUCCCUUCUCCAGUUUUACAACAAUCAGAAAGGGCACUGAUUUACUUGGUAUUUUUCUUUUUACAAAGCUACCUUUAGUCAAAGGUCACUGUCAGUCUUUGCACCUGCUUUCAGUGUUAUUGUGAAAGGUGUACUUUGUGCUCAUUUCAGAAAAUAAAACAUAACCUUUCUCUUGAUGCAA